AUGGGUUCGGCGAAAGGCGAACUAGUGGUCUUGACGUCUAUCAAGCAGAGUUCUGAUCACAAUAUUGUAAGAAUUGAUCGGUAAGCCAUUUUUUUUUCGAAAAUCGGCUCUGAAGGUUACUAAAUUUGCAGAGAAGAAACCGCGAAAGCCGAAAAAGUGCUUCUCAUCGCCGGAGGCCACAAUUGCGGACUGAUUGUCAAUAAAUAUGAGGAAAAUGCGUCGUACGGUUCGUUUUUUGCAUAUUUACCCGAAUAAUGCCCCCAGAUGACGUUACAGAAGCCGAAGCGGACGUGUCGCUCUCGUUCAGUGUUUCUUUGACCGAUAAAGAGAAGAAAAAGGUGCAGGAGAAGCGAUCGCUCUUUUUCAAACUCCGAAAAGGCGUCGAUUUGGACGUCGGUCGGGCGGUCGUGCACAAGUUUUUCCGUAGCCUUCUCUCCAAUCUUCCCGGCGGUUCGUGAAGGGCUCAGCUGGCGAAAAAACGAAAGGUUUUCAGAUUACGUGUCGUUUUUGAAGCGUGUCAUGACGAUGAUGCUCAAAGAUUUCAAUGAGAUCGCCUCGCUGACUUUUGAUUUGAAAAUCGUGGAUGAGACGGAGCAGGUGAUCAUUCCGGAUGCCACGCAGUACGGUAAGUCUUGGAAAAACAGAAAAGUGAGGGCCAUUGACAGCACAGUAAUAUUAUCUCGAUUCAGAAUUAACAAAAGCUCUCAAAGGUAUGCCCUCGUGUGACUUUCUCCCUUACAAAACUCGUCCUAAUUACUCUCCUUUCCCAAUUUCCCAUACUUGUCAUCUUACGGCUCGGAUCCAGCCUGUCGAUCGUUAUUUACAGUGUUAUUAGGCCUAUACGUCUCAUUUUUGACAUCAAAUUGAGAUGAAAAUUCGAAAUUUUGCCAUCCGGGCCUUCCAACUAUGAAAUUAACCCUCCCACUUUCCCUUAUUUUCGUAAGCUUCAUCCUAAUCUUCGUAUACUUUACAGAUUCUGGCUCAGAGCUCGAAGAUCUGACGUGCGGCCACGUGCAAGAUGUGCUCGAGCACGCGUUCCCGAACGGUCUCGACCUGCCCACACUGACCAACAAUCUGCGGUGCACCGAAGAGGAAGUGCUCGGGUUCCUCAAAGAACUCGAAGCGUCCGGAGUGGCGCGUAAGGUCGACGACGAGUGGAUCCGCGUGGACACAAAACGGGUCGAUGAGUCCGUUGAGGCGCAUCGCCACGCGUCCACUUCCGGCGCAUCCGGAUCGUACGGAUCCGCCACCGGGGACCAGCAGCCGACGGUCGCCAUCAUCACGUGUCUGUUCGUCGAGAAGCAGGCGAUCGAUUCGUUGAUCGAGGAGUCGUCGACGAUACAUAAGUACAAGUCGGGCGGCGACUCGAACGUCUACACUUUGGGCCGCAUCGGAGAGCACCGGGUGGUUGCCACGAAGCUCGCACUCAUCGGAGACUCCCGCGAAGCCAUCACGAGUGCCGGAUCGAUCACCACCCGUCUUCUUGGAAACUUCCAGAACAUCGAGCACGUGUUCAUUGUGGGCGUGGGUGGCGCCGUCCCCCAUUUCACCGACGCCUCCCUCCACGCCCGACUCGGCGACGUCAUCGUCUCGGCGUCGCAUCCGCACCAGUACGUGUACGCGCACGAUCUGUUCAUCAACAAGCUCAACGAUCAGGUCACCGGGUUCCAGUGCCACAACUGGGCGGCCAAGGAUCCGGCGAUCGAGCAGAUUGUGCAGGAGGGCGGGGAGGAUCUGCGCGAGAAAUGGAAUGCGGCGACUGAGGAAGCGGUGCAGAGACUGAGCGAACUGGCGGCGGAUGUCGAGUGGAAGGCGCCGCCCGAGUCGACGGACGUGCUCGCGAUGCCCGUCUCCAAGGGCAACGUGGUGGUGAUGCCGCACCCGAACCCGGAGCGACAAGGCCCCGAGAUCCACCUGGGCACCGUCGGCGCAAUGUCCUCGAUGAAGAAGUACGAGGGGAUCACUGGCGGCGGCGACGACGAGUCCUCGAUCAACCAGAUCCGCGAGUCGUUCGCCGAGUCGUUCAAGAUCCGCUGCAUGGACGCCGGCUUCGACUCGGUCGUCGGCGCCGUCGUCGGAUCGUGCGUCAAGUCGUGGGCGCUCGUGCGCGGCAUCUCCGACUAUCACUACGGACAGAGCCGCGCCGGAAAAGUUUGGCAGGUACGUUCUAGGCCGCACACAGGUUGGACUAUCGAAAUGUUUUAAAUGUUAAAAUUUCGAAUCGAGAAUUCUUGAAAAUUUUAAUUCGAAAACUGUAUUUAGGCGAAAAAUACGCUUUCACGAGAAAAUUUGUAUGUUUUUAGAACUUUUAUCGAUAAAACUUUCUGAUUUUCAGGCUCACGCAGCUGCUCGCGCCGCCGGAAUGACACGUUGCAUCAUCGAAAAACUGCCGAAUUCCGCCUAG